GACAAUCUUGUCACGGCUUAUGAUCAGAAUGUUCAAGUGCACCUUGCGGAUCAUUCUAUAUCGACAGAUGUCGAAGCUACGGCUCUGAGUCUUCUUGCAGAUCUUCUAAAAUUGGAUCGGCACCGCUGGAGCAAUGGAACGUUUACUACUGGGGCCACAGCCAGCAAUGUUCAUGGAUUGGCUUGCGGGAGGGAGUUUGUCCUUCGAGCUGCCGCCAAAAAGAGGGGAAUUUCUAUUGAAAGCGUUGGUGAGUAUGGCUUGUUCGAAGUAAUCCAAGCCACAGGCCUCUCUGGUAUCCAAAUUCUCUCGACGAUGCCUCACUCUUCGUUGGCAAAGGCGGCCGGAAUCCUCGGCAUUGGCCGUGCCAACGUCAAGAGCAUUUGUCGGGACGGUCACUACCUCAGAGUCGACUUGGUACGACUUGAAGCGGAACUGAAAACCAAUAAGGCGAGCAUCGUCGCUGUCUCCUGUGGGGAGGUCAAUACUGGACACUUUGCGACAUCAAGCUUGGCUGAAAUGGAAAGCCUACGUAGCCUCUGCGAUAAGUACGGAGCUUGGCUUCACGUCGAUGGUGCCUUUGGGAUUUUUGGCCGGAUUCUCAAAGAUGCUGAAUUCUCUGCUAUAUCAAAGGGGUGCGAAGGCAUGGAGCUAGCAGAUUCAAUCGCAGGUGACGCUCACAAAUUUCUAAACGUGCCAUACGAUUGUGGCUUUGUCCUUUGUCGCCAUCCCAGUGAGGCUGAGAAGGUUUUCCAAAACGCGAAUGCGGCUUACUUGUCUGGGGGGCAGUCUGGAGCCGCCUCAAUACCUUCUCCACUAAACAUCGGUAUGGAGAAUUCGAGACGGUUCAGAGCGUUGCCGGUGUACGCCUCCCUUGUGGCAUAUGGUCAGGUUGGGUAUCAAAAAAUGCUACAGAAGCAAGUUCGGCUUAGUCGAAUGAUUGCAGGGUGGAUUUACGAUCAUCCCAAGUACAAUGCUUUGCCAGAGUUGGCAAACAAAAAUGACUUGCUAAACCAGACCUACAUCAUAGUGCUCUUCAGUGCAAAGGAUGACGAGCUGAACAACAACCUCACCAAGGAGAUUAAUGCGACUUCUAAGCUUUUUGUGUCUGGAACCUCUUGGCAAGGAAGACCGGCUUGCCGGAUCGCAAUUUCAAACUGGAGGGUGGAAGAAGAAAGGGAUUUUGCACUUGUGACAGAUGUCCUGGACAAUGUAGCUGGAAAACUGUAGAAUGAUUAAAUGCCUGCUACGAUACUCCAUGUUUGGUACUUUUGAUGUAUAGUCGGGGUUUUAAUAUCAUGCAAAUGCUUGCACUUCAAAGGUUGGGGUUGUUCUACUUAUGGCUCUUACAAACAAGAGGCAUUCACAUUGCAUGAGCUCUAGAUCAACAUUUAGCUUUGAUAGGGAUCACUUAAUACCACUGUCUCUCAAAUAUUUUAGUUAGGAUUAUCACCACAAAGCUUGUACGCAC